CUGUUUUUGUCUUUAGAUACUAUUUGCACCUCCCUAAUUUAUAUUUUCACCUUAAUCUUUUGACUCUUUAACCACCCUCCACCACCGCCACCGCCACCAAAAUAAUUUCCUAGUUCUUUAUUCUCUCCUUCUCUUUAAAAAGAAGUUUAAAAAUUUAAACUUCUUUUUAUUUGUUAGUUAAUAUAAUUAACUUCAUUUAUUUGUACAAAAUUCAUGGAUGCAUAGUUUGAUAUAUUAAUAUUCUUACAACACACAUUGAAGAUGAAGAAGCAUUGGAGGGGUGUGGAGAGAAAAGAGAUUAAUAAUCAAAUAAAAUAAAUGUAACAUUAUUAAGAGAGGAGAGAAGUUGAACUAGUGUUGUCAUAUAUUUUGGAAAGAUGGAACAUAUGACAAAUAUGGUUGAUGGAUUAAAUGAUGAAAAUGGGUUGUUUGGAAUGAUGGAAAGAAACGGAGGCGGCGGUGGCGGAGGAGGAGGAGGAGGAGAAGAGAUGAGUUUAAAGAAAGGUCCAUGGACAACACAAGAGGAUGCAAUUUUAAUAGAUUAUGUGACAAAACAAGGUGAAGGAAAUUGGAAUGCAGUGCAAAGGAAUACAGGUUUGAAUCGUUGUGGGAAAAGUUGUAGGCUUAGAUGGGCUAAUCAUUUAAGGCCCAAUUUGAAAAAAGGUGCAUUUUCUUCUGAAGAAGAGAAACUCAUUGUUGAACUUCAUGCUCAAUUUGGCAACAAAUGGGCAAGAAUGGCUGCUUUGUUACCUGGAAGAACGGAUAAUGAAAUAAAGAACUACUGGAACACAAGGAUCAAACGUCGUCAAAGACAAGGUCUUCCUCUUUAUUCAGAUGACCAUGAUCAUUCAACAACACCAACCACACCAACAACACCUUCACCAUGUGUCACCCCAACAGGAUCAAACCCUAACAUCAACACUACUCCAAAGUUUGAAUUUUUCCAUCAAAACCACCAUCAAUAUCAACAACAACAACAACAACAUCACCACCCUUUAUCUCCAACACAACACCAUCAUUAUUCUCCUCUCUCUUCACCACUCCAACAUAGACAACAACAACAACAACAACAUCAACAACAUUCUUAUUCUCCUCACACAUUUUUGGACACUUCACCUACACCAUUGUCAUCUUCUACACCUUCUUCUCUCUCCUUCACUUUCCAAAGACCUGCACCACUCUUAAACAACCCACUCUGCUUCAAACGAUACCGUUCGUCUCCGAACUUCAACCUUCAACAACUUCAUUCAAUCACACCAAAUUGCUCCUCUUCACUCCAUGAUCCUUCUUUAAACUCGCAUCACGAUCAUAAUGGUUUCAGGUUCCCAGUUCAAUAUAACUCAAGUUUUUCUCAGUAUUUUCAAACUCCUUUGUUAGAAUCCGAUCGAGGGGUUUCUUCUUCUUCAUCGUCUUCGCCUUUUUCAACAAAGUUGGAGCUUCCAUCAAAUCAUUAUUCAAGAACGCAUUUAGACCAUGAUAUUAAGCAUCAUAAUAUUGAGUUCAAUAAUGACACUUCUUUUCAAAACAAUAGUGGCUUGUUUGGAGAUCUUUUAAUGGAAGCACAAACAAUGGCAUGUGGACAAAAUUCAAAGAAAAGAAGUUACUUGAGCUUAAAUGAAGGAAAUGAUAUGUUUAAUGGAUGUCAAAGCAUAGAUGAUUACCCACUUAGCUCUCUUUAUUGGUCUUCUAAUUCAGGACAAAAAGCAAAGGAAGAAGCACCAGACCUAAACAAAUUCAUGAAUGAUGAGAUGUCAACAAUGUUAAGUGUGAUGCCUUCUUCAACAAUGCAAAGUCAAGAUUGGAAUACUGAUAAUAACAACAACAAUAAUAGUGCAUCAGAUGUCUCCAAUGUUCAAUCUUCAAGUGGUGUGAUGACAGAAGAAAAUUUUGGACUUGAUAUCAAGCCUAUAGCUUCAUUGUUUCCUCUCACAAACACAACAAACCAUAAUAGUAAUAAUGAAAACAAUGAAUUCUACACUUGGGACAAUUUACCUGGACUAUGCUAGGUUGAUGUAUAUAUCCAUAUUGAAAUUUGUGUAUAAAGAUAAUUUUGGAAGGC